ACUCCCUAAGAGCACGCCGCAUGUUUUCGUGUUUUGUUUUGCUUUGAAUUUAAAUUGUUUUAAACCACAUUUAUUUAGUUAAAAAUGAAACGUUUAGCUGCGAAGAAGGACGAGGAUAUCGGGGAGCCUUUGGCCAAGAAGCAGCUGCAAUCCAAGGCCAAUGCGCUGCUGAAUGCCAAGAAUGUGGACAUCAAAACGCUCAAGGGAUUCGUUCAGCUGCUGAAGGCCACUCCGGAGAAUGUGCCAGCUGGGGAGGUGAUAAAUACCCUCGAGGUGAUAUUCAGGAACCUGCUGAAGCGAAAACCCACCGAGGGCAGCGAAAAACAGACCCACAAAAUCCAUGAACUAUACGAGGAAACUUGGUUGCUCCUCUUGGAGAAUCUCCUCGUGAACUCGGAGAGUUCCGGCGCCCUCAAAGUAUGCAUGCAGCUGAUCAAAGUGGAGGCCCAACAUCCCCUGGGACCCACCAAGGGCUGGCCCAUCUACAGAAUCCGUGCCAUCAUAGAAACCCUCUUGAAUGCCGAGGAAACACCCACAAGUGCGCUGGCCAACUAUGGGAAAUACUGCAAAAAUCUAGAUGUACUGGAGCUUACGCUGAAGCACUUGCUACAAGUGGUCCCCAAGGAGGACUUCAAGGACAUCCCCGUUAAAGCCAUGAACUUCCUAUCCAUUCUCAACCUUAUCGAUUUGGGAAAAUCCGUUCUAAACACUGCCGAUUACCAUGUGGAAAGUGCGAAGAGUCGAGAGUUUAGCUUGGAGCAAAACCAAAAGAGACUGAAUGAUCUCUGGAAGGUCAUAAUGGCCAGGAGCAGCGCAGUGGAGGAGAAGCUGCACCGGCAAAUACUGGUGGUGCUCCUGGAGCGCGUGAUCAACCACCUGAAGAAUCCCAUCCAGCUGACCGACUUCCUCAUGGACUCGCUGCACCAGUUUGAUGGCCCCAUUGCCUUGCUGGCCCUCCAGGGCAUCUUCACGCUGAUGCAAAAGCAAAACAUCACCUAUCCGGAUGUGUACGAGAAGCUGUACAACAUGUUCUACCCCCGGAUGUUCUUCAACAAGUACAAGGCGCGUCUCUUCUACCUGGCCGACAUCUUCCUGACCUCCACCCACUUGCCAGAGAAUCUGGUGGCCGCCUUUGUGAAGCGUCUCGCCCGCCUGGCCCUCCAAUCGCCCACCGAAGAUGCUGUGAUCAUGAUCCGUUUCGUUUGCAAUCUUCUGCUGAGACACACGGGCCUGCAGAAGCUGAUACGCGCUAGCAAUGCGGCCGAUGAGCUCAGCGAUCCCUACAACCAAACGGAAACGGAUCCCGUGAAAUCAGGGGCCAUCAAUAGUUCGCUGUGGGAGAUCACGCUGCUGCAGAAACACGUUGUUCCCGAGGUGGCCAAUGCUGCGCGGUUCAUCAACUCUUCGCUGCCCGUCAUGGAGUUCGAUUUGGCACCGCUUCUGGACAGGAAGGAGUGCAAUAUUUUCGACGAUGAACUGCAGGCCAAGGCCAAGCAGUUUGCCAUGAACUACGAGCGGCCCGCCAAUUUGGCCCUGCCCAAAAACGCCUUUGUGACCAAGUACUGGGACCUCAUCUAGAUUAGUGUUAUUGUGCUAAGUUUAAGCAGGAUUAAAGUGCUGCCGGUGGGGCUGCUGAUGGGCCAACUCGGCCUGAAACCAA